UUCACGUGCACAGACGACACAGACGUCUGGUUGUAAUAGACACGACAUAUAAAUACCUCGAAAAUCUUGCGAACAAUGAGUGGAAAUAUUGAGCCUGUUGAAAAGCCGAAGAUCAAAUACACGCAGUUGUUUAUUAACAAUGAGUUUGUGGACAGUGCAAGUGGUAAAAAAUUCCCCACCAUCAAUCCAUCUACUGAAGAGAAGAUAUGUAGCAUCUCUGAGGGGGAGAAGGAAGAUGUAAACAAAGCUGUUCAUGCUGCAAGAAAUGCAUUCAAGUUAGGAAGUCUGUGGAGAACUAUGGAUGCAUCUCAGAGAGGAAAGCUUCUAUACAAACUGGCUGAACUGAUUGAAAGGGACAUUGCAUAUCUGUCUACACUGGAGACUCUAGACAGCGGCAAACUGUUUUUAGAUUCAGUAGAUGAUAUGAAGCUAUGUGUUGAUACCUUCAAGUACUACGCAGGAUGGGCUGAUAAAAUACAAGGGAAAACAAUACCAGCUGAUGGUUCAUACUUUGUUUACACACGUCUGGAGCCAGUGGGUGUGGUGGGUGCUAUUACACCCUGGAACUUUCCUCUUGGCAUGGUCGCAUGUAAAAUUGCUCCAGCCUUGACAUGUGGUAACACUAUUGUCCUAAAGCCUGCCGAGCAGACCCCCCUGACUGCCCUAUACUUAGCUUCAUUAUUCAAAGAGGCUGGUUUUCCACCUGGUGUUGUCAAUGUCAUUCCUGGAUAUGGUCCGACAGCUGGAGCAGCUAUAUCACAUCACAUGGAUGUUGAUAAAAUAUCAUUUACAGGAUCAACUGAGGUUGGCAAACUGAUCCAAUCAGCUUCUGGUCAAUCGAACCUGAAACGUGUGACCCUUGAGCUUGGUGGCAAGAGCCCUAACAUUGUAUUUGGUGACACUGACUUGGAUUACGCUGUAGAAAUGUCACAUGUUGCAUUGUUUUUUAACAGUGGACAGUGUUGCAGUUCAGGUUCUCGUACUUUUGUUCAAGAUACUAUAUAUGAAGAAUUCGUAAAGAAAAGUGUUCUGAGGGCCCAAAACAGAUCUGUGGGAAAUCCCUUUGAUGUCAUGGUGGAACAAGGUCCACAGAUUGACCAGGAACAGUUUGACAAGAUUAUGGAUCUGAUAGAGAGUGGAAUGAAGGAUGGUGCAAACUUGGAGUGUGGAGGGAAGCGUCAUGGUGACAAAGGGUUCUUCAUCCAACCAACAGUCUUCUCUAAUGUUACUGAUAACAUGAGGAUUGCCAAAGAAGAGAUCUUUGGUCCAGUACAACAGAUAAUCAAGUUCAAAGAUAUUAAUGAGGUCAUCGAAAGAGCCAACAACACAGCCUAUGGGUUGGCUGCGGCUGUCUUUACUAAAGACAUUGACAAAGCUAUGACAAUAACAAGCAGUUUGAGGGCUGGUACUGUGUGGGUUAAUUGCUAUGAAAGUGGAGCACCACAAGCGCCAUUUGGUGGAUUCAAGAUGUCUGGCUUUGGAAGAGAAUAUGGUGAAGAUGCACUUUUGCCCUACUGUGAGUCCAAAACAGUAACCAUCAAAGUCCCAAAAAAGGACUCUUAAUAACUACUAAUAUAAACGAUAAAAUAACAAUAAUUAUAUAAUAAUAAAUGCACUGAAAAACCCUAACCUUAAAACUUUACAAAUUAAUAACCUCUUGUCUUGUCUUGUCUUGUUUUCUGAUGAAAUUCUGAAUAUCAACUAAGUAAACAAGGGCUUUAAAAUAAAUGCUGGUCAAUCACUGGUCAUAAAAAGCCAAAUAAAUGAUUCAAUUUUAAAA